AUGAGCCAAUCGUCUCUGUUGAUCCGCAAAGGCGGCCCCUCUAACGGUGAUCGUCAAACUCUGCACUCCGAAGGUUACAACUCUAGGAACCCGCGGAAGAGAUCUCGUUCCCCUCCUAUUGGGAGACAUUUUAGUCCUUCGACAACCUCGAGAUAUAGCGACCUAAUCCACGAGGAGAAACGAAAGAAACACAUGACCCCUUCCCACCAAACCCGCGAGGCUCGAGCCAUCGAACCUCAAACUAGGGAUCGCAAAAGCUCGAGCAGACAAGAUAACCGAUACCCAUACCAAAACCGCGGAAAGGAAGUAUGGAGUCGUCUGAAAAUUCCAUCUAGGAAGGGAGAAUCACAGAGAGGAUGUAGCUCAAACCAUCAUACACGUAACUCAUCCCGCAACGGGGAGUCACGUCCAAGCUACAUACCUUCCAUUGAAUGGCGCCCAAGACAUAACAUUGAGGAACCAAGGAACAGAUCAACCAAUCAUGUAUCACCUCGACAGGAGGAAAAUGAUCGAACAGAGAGGUAUCAAGCUACUUUUUACUCUCAAAAGACGAUUACCAACAACCGUGCAUCCCUGGAAUCAGGAGAAAUAGUUGAGACCCGUAGAACGGAAGCUGCCAAUGCUUUUACAGAGGAGGAAACUGAAAAUCCCUCAAGGAAGCCCUCGGAUGCACCACAUCCUCCCCGACAAGAAAAAAGGUAUGACCCUCCCCUUCUGAAACAAGGAGACGGAAAUUUUGAACUAGAAAAUAGCUUAGAGCAGGGUUUAGAAGUUCCUAUAACUGAUCUUGAGUCAGCUGAGGUAGAUAACCUAAUUCUAGAAACUGAACGUCUUGAGAUGAUUGAGAAAAUGUUGGCUGAGAAUAAGAUAGAUGAGACUAUGAUUGAUUUUGAUAAUGAUGAUCUUCUGGACGAAUCUCCAGACUUAGAUGCGGAAAAAAUUGAGGCAAUAUCAACACUAUCCAGCAAAUGUUGUGUCCAAGAAAGCAGCAUCCUUGAGCCAGCACUUGGAACUCGCAAAGGCACCCGCAUCCCUCCAGCACCCCACGCUGAGGAACUUGGCCGGCGACUAUGUCCCCAAAAUCUUACUGAAAAAGAAGACCACCCGGUCUCCAGACAUAAAAGGAGCAAACGCUUCAAAGAAGUUGCAAGUGCUCAGCAACCGAGUCUUCCCAAAGAAGAAGACAGCACCGGGUAA